AUGUCUACCUCCACCCCAAACGCGCGUGGCCGUCAGUCACCAUUUGGAACUGCUACCCCAUCUGGGGAUACAACACUGACCGGACUACAACGCCUACCUAGCCAUACACGCUACCCUCUUACACCAAGUCGACUUGUUACUGCAACCACCCCAGGCACUCAGCGGUCCGCCUCUCGAUACACACCACGCGCUCGAGGCGUAGGUGCGCCAGCAACACCAUACGGACUUCGUGCCCGGCAACAACGAGCGGCGAAUACCCCUGGUCGGGAUCGCCGAAAAAGCGGCCGAAUGCAGCGGGAGACUACAUUCGAUAUUCUCAGAAACCUAGGCAGAGCACUCGCUCCUGUGUCUCAACCUAUCCGCUCCUCGCCGCAGGAGAAGCCAGAGCCUAUCGAAGAGCCAAUUGAUGAAUUCGAACAGCUUGAUAAUGAGCCGGAAAUUGAGCGGCCACGAUUAUCUUUGCCGAUUCAGGAGUCCGAGGAAGAGGAUAUGGAUAUGACUUAUCAGUCUGUCGAAUACCCUCGCGACGCUAGCAUCAGAGACCGGGAUCGGUUAUCGAUGAUGAGCCGAGCUACUGGCAGAAUCAGCGGAGAUUUCGACGAGACACGAUUAGAGAGCGAUGAUGCAGAUGAAACUGGCAUUGUGGGUGAGGAUGAUGAGGCAGAGGAUACAAUGAUGAGCGGGGGCGACUUUGAUAGAGGGGGAGAGACGGAAGACCUGGGCCGCUUCCAUUUUGAUCUCAACUUUCCAUCUCCUGCCGCUGCUCCGCUCGAAGAUCCCACUGGCGGGGACAUGAACGAUAUGGAGGAUUUCGAACUGUCCACCGCAGAGGCACCCCCUGCUCCACCAGACGAUGAUGAUGAUGAUGAUGAUGAUAACGACGCUGGGGCUGAUUUUGGUUUCGGACUCGACUUCCCCCCCGCAGCAUCACCAAGCGUGAGCCCUGGGAUUGUUGGAGGUGGAUUGCGAGAUGAAGCUAUCCCAGCCCAGGGCAAGCAAAAGAAAAUUUCACGACAUGGAAUUCCUGUCCCAAACUUGCCGGCAGGCGUGGCAAAAAUCAACAAAGCCACGCUGGCCGCGAUCGAACAGGCGUCCUCUUGGUACUUUGAGCAAGCAAGCCAAGACUUGGCUGCGUAUUCAAAGCAUGCAGGACGGAAGACCAUUGAUGAGAGCGAUGUCACCACAUUGCUGAGGAGGCAACGCCAUAUCAACAACUCAACGACAGUGUUUUCCCUCGCCCAGAAGCAUUUACCCAAAGAACUUCAGCAAGAUAUGAGAUUGGCCAUGCCUCCAUGA